AUGGUCCGCAUCACCGGCCUCACCCUUCUUCUCGCAGCCCUCUGCACUCUCCUCUUUGUCACCCCCAUCCUCGCCGAAAGCGAAUGGGACUGGCAAAUGGACCGCAUAGCAUGCAUGAAAAAGGACGUCCGCAUCCUCACUGCCAUCGACCGCCUCUGCAACAAAAACAUCCACAUUCCUGGCGCGACCGCCCAGCUCGGCGAAAACUUUGACAACAAGAACAAGGUUGCCGUGUUGGUUAACCCUAUGUGCUGGACUGAUGGCCGCAUCAACGCUAACAGCAAUGUCUGGAUCCCCAAGUACUGGUGCGAGAGACAGUUUUGGAAGGUUUGUGCGCAAGGAAAUGGUGCUGGUAGGGGUUACCAGGUUUUCGGUGGUAGAGGGUGUCAGAGUUUCUGGAUCACCGACAAUAAGUGGUAG